UUUCAGUUUUCUGUUAUGUGAGAACAGUACCUAGUUUCUUGAAAAUGGAAGGUAGUUUUGGAAACCCUCAUUCCUGAACCGUAUGACUGGACAGAUGAUUUUGUUCGUUGGACAGUGUUAGACCUCCUGAAAGGAAUGAAUCAGUCCACUUUGGCCAAGUUAUGUCCCCUGCCACAGUCAAUGAUUUCUAAUAUUGUCAAUUCAAAAUACCCAUCAUCCCUGAGUUCCGACAAGCUUAGAGCUUUUGGUGCCUGGUACAAGGAAUAUAGGAACAGCCAGCAAGGUAAUACACAAGGUGAAAGAGAAGACUCUAGCAACAUACGUUUAACAUUCCAUCCCAAUAUGGAAGUACCGAAACUUACAGCCUGGUUCAAGGAACACCCUCAUCCUAGUGAUUCUCUGCUAACAGCAUAUGCCAAUGAUCUUAACAGCACACUUGUAAGGUUGGAAAGACCGAAAAUACAAGUGAAACACCUGAGGAAUUGGUGGACUAAUCAGAGGCAGAAACUGAAAAGGGAGAGUCAGAACAGGAAAGAGUCACAGAAGAGUGCCAAAAAGAAACACAGAAAAGGCAAAGAACCUUUAAACAGUGCUAGUAGAGUUGAAACAAGCACAGAAAGAGAAAUUUAUGAGAGAAAGAGUAAGAAUAAAGGUUUGAAGGAUCUUAGCAGGGAAAAUGAAGUGAGGAAAGUAGGUGAACAAGGGGUUAUUUGUGAAGUGAACAUUUUGCAGGAUCAGACAGGGAAUAAAUCUGAAGAAGUCAGAUCGAAAGUUAGAAAGACGGUCCUAGGGAACCAUGGGAGAAACACUGUCAGGAAUUCAUUUACCGGUAAUCUCGUGUCUGGUAACUUAGAACAAAGAAUUACCAGUAGUCACCAUGAUUUCUAUUCCAAUGCAGGCAGCCAAUCAAAUCCUCAGGUUCCAUCCAGUAACACAGAACGGGAUCCUCAGUAUUCCAGCAGUAAUAUGGCAACCGGAGUUGAGAGAGGAAUGCACCCACAAAAUUAUAGUGAAGAUCCUCUGUAUCAUCAUUUGUGCUAAACUAAUGUUUUUUUAUUCUGUGCAUAAUUUCAUUAUAAAUGGUGCUGCUGAAAAUCAUAAUUAUGCCUUUAUGGCUGGUAGAAGAGUGAAAAAUAGUCAUUUUGCUGCUGAGGUCUUAAUGGCCCAUGUAGACAUAAGUUGUGAAAUUUGCAGAUAAAGCAAGUACAGAGACAUAGCCAGAAGCUUAAAUUGACACAGAGAUAAACCCUUUAAGUGGUGUCUCAGGUAUGCUCUGGCCAGAAAAUGUGUUCACCUUUUCAUGUUUGUUUUUUUGUUGUUGUUUUUCACAAGUGAUUUGAUGUGGCUGCAGUGCUUAAGUAUGUGUGUCAAGGAAGAAAACAACAUUUAGAGAAAAUUAUGGAUAUGACUAGAUAAUACAAAUGUAGCCAUUAAGAUAAAUCCUUGGAACUAUUACCUCUUGGUUUCUAAGAGGAAGUAUUGAAAACUUCAGAUGUAAAUUAUUGGUAUCUUUUUACUUGGGAAAAAAUGCCAGAAAUGGACUGGUCUUCUUUUGUUUGGGAACAUGUUAAAAUGAAUGAAUGUUGGUGAUAUGUGUUAAACCAAAAAAACUAGAACUAAUGUGGAACUAUACAGAAAUAUUAUUUGGAGACUGAAAAAUGAAAUAUCAGCUGAAGAUAUGCAAAAAUGUGAAAAGAUUGACUACAUGAUCCAAAUUUCUAUGUGCUUUAAAAAUAUUUACAGCGGUUCCUUUGAAGCUCAGAUUAACUUUGUUAAGCGUGAGCUUGUAGUAUAGAUGGAUAGUCUGUCAUCCUAUACAUGUACUGUAUCAGUAUUUUUACUUAAACAUCUAUCUUCUCU